GCUGUCGUCGGCUUCCAGCAUGGCGCCCGUGUCACGGCUGGAAAUAAACUUCUGUAGAUUGUUGGAGCGGUGCGAAGUUCUUGCUGAUGAGCGAAAUCCCACAGACUGGCGAUUCAAGAAGUAUGUUCAAAGCCUUGAAGACAUGUUACUAGAUCUGAGGAACAUAAACACAUGUCAGCCAAGCAAGGAUACAUUGGUGCACUACACGAGCAAAGUGGACUUUCUGAAGCGCCUUAUUGCUGUGGACACACAGCCACACAACAGUCCAGAAAAGGCUCUCGCCCAUGAGCAACUCGCCUUAAAGCCUGUCCCUGAUGACAAGGCCAAGGAAAUCCUGCUUAAACGACAGACCAAGGCCAUACGUGAUGUCCGUGAGGAGCUGCUGGAAUCCCGAUCUUCUGUCAAGACAAAUGCAAAUGACAGCAAGGGAUUGCGGCAACGAGUUCCUGGUCAGGGUGGUGGUGAAGACUUCGACGCUGUUCUGCGCUACCACAACUCCAUGCAGGAGAAAAUUGCCGAGGAGAUGGUGUCCUUGGCACAGAACCUGAAGCAGAAUGCAGUGCUUGCUGGACACAUUGUGAAGAAGGAUACAGAGGCUGUUCAGAAGAGCGUGCAAUCUGCAGAACAAAACUACGAUCGACUACAGAAUGAGCAGCGACGACUUGAGGAGCACCUACGUCGUUCGUGUAACUGCUGGAUCUGGCUUAUGCUUGCGGUCGUGUUUUUUGUCUUCCUCAAUAUGGUUGUCUUCAUGCGCGUUUUUCCAAAGCGAUGAAGGUUCACAC